AGCCCCAUUUGUUUGAUGGGUCCCUGCCUACUUUCUUCUGUGGCUAAAGGCAAAACCUUUCACCUUAACGACCAACGAACAACCAGUCAUCCGCUUCGGAUCACCGUCGAUCAUCAAACCCAAAGCGCAAAUUCCCAAUGAAAAUCUCCUCAUUAUCUUCUUCAAUUACGUGAAAUAGACUCGAACUCAAUCUCAAUCUGAAGCAGCAGCUUGUAACAUCUACUCUUCUAUUCAAUUUCACCAUGCUCGCCAAGCUCUUCCAGAAAAACCCCGCCCAAUCUCCACUCUCUGCUAAGGUGGUGGAGGGAAAUGUGGAGAGAGUAGUUUUGAGACCUCAAGAUAUAAAUCCACGGAUUGAUGUUCACUGUGGGAUCCCUUCUACCGCUUCCAUUCUUGCUUUUGAUCCCAUUCAAAGCCUCUUAGCAGUUGGAACUCUGGAUGGUAGGAUAAAAGUGAUUGGUGGUGAUAACAUUGAAGCGCUUCUUGUGUCUCCUAAAGAAUUACCUUUUAAGAACUUGGAGUUCCUGCAAAACCAGGGUUUCCUAGCCAGUGUCACUAAUGAAAAUGAGAUUCAGGUGUGGGAUUUGGAGCGAAGGCGACUAGCUUCAACUUUACAAUGGGAGUCCAAUAUAACUGCAUUCUCUGUUAUAUGUGGCACAAGUUACAUGUAUGUUGGAGAUGAGUAUGGGAUGGUUUGUGUGUUAAAAUAUGAUGCUGAAGAAGUAAAACUUAUCCAGCUUCCAUAUUAUGUUCCCCCAGAAGCAAUAGCUGAAGCAUCUGGGAUGUCCUCCCCUAAUCAGCACUCUGUUGUUGGACUGCUCCCUCAACCCGCAUCUCAAGGAAAUAGAUUGUUGAUUGCAUAUGAUGAUGGCUUAAUUAUUCUCUGGGACGUUUCUGAAGAUAAAGUCAUUCUGGUUAAAGGCAAUAAAGAUCUCCAAUUGAAGAGUAAAACAUUGGCUGAUUUUCACAAAAGCAAGGAACAAGAGCUUUCAGAUGGUGUGUCAGAAUAUGAGCACAUGGAGAAAGAAAUAAGCUCUCUCUGUUGGGUAUCUGCAGACGGGUCAGUUCUUGCUGUUGGUUACAUCGAUGGAGAUAUAGUGUUGUGGAACCUAUCAACCACUGCAUCUGAUAAGAAAACUGAAAAAUCAACUGAUGUUGUUAAGCUGCAAUUAUCCUCCGUUGACAGAAGACUCCCUGUUAUUGUUUUGCAUUGGUCUGCAGACAGUUCACACAAUGAUUCCUGUGGUCGGCUCUUUGUCUAUGGUGGAGAUGCAAUUGGGUCUGAAGAAGCUCUAACGAUUUUGAGCAUUGAUUGGUCUUCUGGGAUUGAAACUUUUAAGUGCAAUGGGCGUAUAGAUCUUACUCUUAAUGGUUCUUUUGCCGAUAUGGGUUCAUUACUAAGUGAUGGUGUGAGCAAAACUGGAGGUGCUUUCAUAUUGACAAACCCAGGACAGCUGCACUUUUAUGAUGAUGCUUGCCUUGCUUCGUUAUUGUCCCAGCAACAGAAACAAAACUCUGUUUCUUCAAUGGAGUAUCCCACAGUCAUACCAGUUAUUGAACCUGGCAUGACUGUGGCAAAGCUGGGUUUGAUAUGUAGAGAUGGGAAGUUCUCAAAGGCUUUCUCUAAGACAAUUUCUGCUGCAAAACUUCAGGCAGCACAUACACCAAGAAGUGUGAAUUGGCCUCUUACUGGUGGGGUUCCUAGCCAACCCCUCAAUGUGGAAAAUUAUCAGGUUGAAAGAGUAUAUAUAGCAGGUUACCAAGAUGGAUCUGUUAGAAUAUGGGAUGCCACAAAUCCAACCUUUUCACUUGUUUAUGUUUUAGGACCCGAGAUUAAAGGUAUCAAUAUAGCUGGUGCAAGCGCAUCAGUAUCUGCAUUGGAAUUUUGCUCAUUCACUUUAAGUUUAGCUGUUGGCAAUGAACUUGGUAUGGUUCGUCUAUAUAAGCUAAUGGGGAGUACAAAUGAAUCGCAUGUGUACUUUAUCAAAGAGACUGAAAAAGAAGUUCACACUUUGCACAAAGGGGAUUGGCCUCAAUGCACAGCUAUCUUUUCCUUCCUCAGUUCUCCAAUAUGCACUUUACAGUUUGCAAAUCGUGGAACCAGACUUGCUGUGGGAUUUCACUGUGGCAAGGUGGCAAUGCUUGAUAUUAGUGAAUUGUCAGUGUUAUUUCUUACCGACAGUGUAUCCAACUCUAGGUCACCUGUCAAGUCUCUGGCUGUGAAGUCAAUUUCAGAUGCUAUUAGCUCAAUAAGUAAUCCGGAGCACAUUGAGUCCAACCGCAAGGCAGAUUAUGUGAAUUGGGAAUUGUUUGCAAUGACCAAAGAUGCACAUGUUGUUGUUAUAGAUGGCAACACUGGCAGUAUAGUAUGCUAUCAAUCACUGCAAUCUGAAAAGGAAUUGUCUAUAAUUUCUAUGCAUAUCAUAGAUGGUGGCAACUUAGUCUCUGUAGUGUCCAGCAAAAAAGAUCCAUUAGACUCAACUCAGACGAAUGAAACUAAAAGUGAACCUGAUCAGGGUGUCACUCAAUGUGGAAGUACUCCACUUGACGUUGACCGUGAGACCUCUGCUGAAACUGCCUAUUCUAGGCAGAGAGUAGAAAAUAUUAUUCUUCUGGUUUGUUGUGAGGAUGCAUUGCAUUUAUACUCUAUGAAGUCUUUGAAAGAGGGCGAUAGUAAUCCUAUUCGAAAGGUGAAUCUUUUGAAACCAUGCUGUUGGACUGCAACCUUCAAGAAGAAUGAUAAAGAGUGUGGGCUCAUUGUUCUCUAUCGGUCUGGUGUGAUUGAAAUAAGGUCUUUGUCAGAUCUUGAAGUGCUAGGAGAAAGCUCAUUAAUGUCGAUUUUGAAGUGGAACUUUAAGACUAACAUGGAGAAGACAAUGUGUUCAUCUGACACUGCACAGAUUAUGCUGGUAAAUGGGUGUGAAUUUGCUUCUGUCUCUCUUCUGCCCAGUGAAAAUAUCUUCAGGAUUCCAGAAUCAUUGCCUACCCUACAUGAUAAAGUCCUUGCCGCUGCUGCUGAGGCCCCUAUCAGCUUAUGUCCCAGUCAGAAGAACGUACAGGUUGCUCCAUCUGGGAUUCUAGGUGGUUUCGUUAAGGGUCUCCAAGCUGGUAAAGGGGAACACAAUAUGGAUCUUCCUGAAGUUUGCAAGAAUAACUUUUCACAUUUACAAGCCAUAUUUUCCAGUCCCCCAUUCUUAAAGCCUUCUCUGGACAUCAUGGAUAACCAGAAAGUUUUGGAGCUAAACAUAGAUGAUAUUAAUAUUGAUGAACCUCUUGUUGUCUUGCCUUCAUCAGAGAUGGGUAAGAAAGAUAUAAAGGGUUUAACACUAACCACUUUAUACUCUGGUAUAUGUGUAAACUUUUGGAUGUGCUUAAAUGAUCUUGUUUUGGUUUUGCAGAUAAAGGAACAGAAAGGGGAAGAUUAUUUGAGGGUGCAACUUCUGAUUCAAAGCCAAGACUUAGAACAGCUGAAGAAAUUAAGGCCAAAUAUAGGAAGGAGGAUGCUUCUGCUGCAGCUGCACGUGCAAGGGACAAGCUUGCAGAACGUGGGGAAAAACUUGAGAGGCUCAGUCUGCGCACCGAAGAGCUGCAAAGUGGGGCUGAAAACUUUGCAUCAAUGGCAAGCGAACUUGCCAAACAAAUGGAGAAACGUAAAUGGUGGAACAUAUGAGAGCCUCAUACCUAUAAGUUCCAAGUUGUGCUUGGAUUCAUUAAUCAGCUUCACUUUCCCAGAAACAGUCUCAUUGAUCAUUCUUUUAUGGUUGGAUGUGAUAAUAUAUCCUUAAGGAUCUAUAAGGCCUUUCGAUGGGCAUCGAUGUGAAGUCCAUGAUAUUUUUUAGGUUUCUUUGGUUCAUUAGUCCCUGACUAAGGCUCCAUAUCCUGAAUCUUGGAAACGAAUCUAAUACCAGUAAUUUAAAAGUUCAUUGGUAAUUUUUAGGAUUUUUAUUGUGAUUAUACCCAUUUGUGUAUAUCGUGACUGGUAAAUGUAUAACAUGAAUAUGUAUAAAUUAAAUCUCUCUCCCUCUCUCUCUA